UCUAUAUAUACGUACACGAUGAUGAUUGCAUCGAAGCCAAUUCAUUUGAGAGGCGGCCCUUCGUGCAGCAUGAUGAGUCAGAUCAAGAUGGUUUAUUUCAUGCUGGCAUGUGCAGUCUCCCAAUUGAAGCUCUCUCGCAAUGCAAACAUGGAAAAGCUCCGAAAUGGAUAUCUGUUUCCCGAGAUUGGCAUGAGGCAACAGGAGCACUUGGAGAAGUAUCCAGAUGCCAAGAUCAUUAGCUUGGGGAUUGGUGACACCACUGAGCCUAUACCAAACAUUAUAACAUCCGCAAUGGCUGAGUACUCGCAUGCACUCUCCACUCGGGAAGGCUAUCGAGGUUACGGCGCUGAGCAAGGAAACAAGACACUGCGCAAGACGAUUGCUGCAACGAUGUACGGAGACAUGGGCAUAGAAGACACCGAGGUCUUCAUCUCGGACGGUGCACAAUGUGACAUCUCUCGCGUGCAGCUGUUGCUCGGAUCCGACGUGACGAUUGCCGUGCAAGACCCGACCUUUCCGGCGUACGUUGAUUCAGGCAUCAUAAUGGGCCAAACCGGAGACUACGUCGCCGGCAGCAGCAAGUACGGGGGAAUCGAGUACAUGAAAUGUGGACCGGAGAACCUAUUCUUCCCGGACUUCUCCCGCAUUCCGAGGACGGACGUCAUCUUCUUCUGCUCGCCGAACAACCCGACAGGUCAUGCUGCAUCCAGGGAGCAACUAGUGCAGCUGGUUGAGACUGCACAUAGGAAUGGAUCUCUCAUCGUCUACGAUUCUGCGUACGCUGCAUACAUAUCGGAUGACAGCCCCAGAUCGAUCUACGAGAUCCCCGGAGCUAAAGAGGUCGCCAUAGAGAUCUCCUCCUUCUCCAAGUCCGCGGGGUUCACCGGCGUCCGCCUCGGGUGGACCGUCGUCCCCCAUGAGCUCUCGUACUCCGACGGGUUCCCCGUCCACAAGGACUUCGAUCGCAUCAUCUGCACCUGCUUCAAUGGUGCGUCCAGCAUCGCCCAGAUCGGUGGACUCGCGUGUUUGUCCGUAGAAGGUCGCAAGGCUAUGAGCAAGGUGAUCGACGUGUACAAGCAGAACGCAAGAACACUGGCGGAGACGUUUGGCUCGAUGGGUCUCGAGGCGUACGGCGGCAGCAACUCACCCUACGUGUGGGUGCGCUUCCCGGGUCGCCGGUCAUGGGAUGUGUUCACCGAGAUCCUGGAGAAGACGCACGUCAUCACUGUACCGGGAUGUGGGUUUGGGCCGGGAGGCGAAGGCUUCAUCAGAGUGAGCUCGUUCAACAGCGAGGAAUGCGUUCGAGAGGCAUGUCACAGACUGACAAGGCUUCUCGGCCGAGACGUGCUCCUCCAUAUUCUUUGACUGGCACUCGAAUCAUCUUCUGGUGUUUUGCCGGUAACAUCUGCCAUCGACUGUUGCUGUAGUUGUCUGAGGACAUCCGAAUCCGAGCAUGAAAGAUUAAUAUUGGCUAUCCAUUUACAGCUGAUAUGCAAAUCGAUCAAACAACAUACAUAUAUGCACACACACACACACAAACACAUGAGGAUCCAAAAUCUGAGUCGUAUAUAGGAUGAUGCACUGAUGAUUUGAGGCUAGAAAUCCAUCAAUAACCCACUCUAAAUGUGGCAAUCAAUUGAGGGGCCACGAAGGUUAUCGAGAUCAGAAGAGGGCGUAGCAUCCCCACCACUUCCACCACAAUCAUUCUCCAUCUACUCCCUUUGCGGAUGCAGGGGAGAUCAAUCAAAGCAAUCCAAAACCCUUAUCCACAAAAGGCCACACAACCACUGUCGCAGCUUCUUCUGCAGUGGCGGUCGUGCACGAAGGUGACAGGAGAAGGACAGAAACCCAUCUCCGUCCACCACACAAGUCUGCGUACACCCCCUCGCUGCUUUCAGCGUCAAGCCAAACGAUUCCGUGCACAGAGUGGAAACUUA